AUGGCAGCUGUGGACCUUCCGCUGUGGAUGCUAGGCGAGGGCGCGCAGACGUGGAAUGUGCAGAAGCUGGCCGCCCUUCGCAAGGCCUGUCUGGUCUUGUUGGAAGCGCUCAUCCAUCCAUACCCCCUGUACGGAUCGACUCAAGAAGCUGCUUCACGUUUUGGCCUGCGGCGCGACAUCGAUGCAAAAUGGCCACAGCGCCCUUCCCAUUGGUCGCCCGGUGGCAUAGCAGUUUCAGGGCCUAGGUCUUGUCGCCUUGCCACGUCUUGUGUUGAGAGGGCAGAGCAGCACCGUUGGACCGAGCUUUCAGUGCACAAAGGUCUAGUGGAGGGCUUCUUAAUCUUCGAGGCUAAGGGUUCGAUGAUCACGUAUACAUCCGUUGCAACUUUGUUGUUUACCGUAAAUCAUGGUGGGAUCCUUGUUGCACGGGCCCUUGUAAGCGCUACCAGGAGUCAAGCUGAGUUCGCCCCAACCAACAGGCGCCUUUUAGAAGAGGACUGGGCCAAGUCCGGGCAGGCGGAGGAGGAGGCGCUCCUUCGAGCCGCCACCGGCGUCCUCGACAAGGAGGAGCGAGGCUCAGGCUCGACGAUGCUUGGGGCUGAAGCAGUGAAGAAGGCAAGGGAAGCAUCUGCAGCUGCCAAGGCCAGCGCUCAAUGGGAUCUGCUUUUGGUUGCCCAGCACCUCCUGGGCCGUCCCGCAAGGGAGCCGGCUCCGACCUGGAAGGACAUGACGCAGGAGUUGCAUCGCAGACGCGAGCGGCUGCUGUCGCAGGCACACAGCUUCCAACUGAUCGCUGCCCUUCUCGAUUCCGUCU